AUGGCGAAAUAUCAGUUGUUAAUUGCUCUCUUCUUCACUGUGGCUCUUGCAGACAUUGAGCUCUCCACUAGCCAUGUCCUCAAGGGAUCAGUCACUUGCCUAGACUGUAAUAUCCACUAUGAUCUCUCAGGCAUUCAGGUGCUGGUGAAAUGUGCCAAUGUGAAAAAAUUGGCUGCAGCAUACACAGAAGAAGAUGGCACUUUCGAGACCAAACUUCCCUCAGACUCCUCAGCUUCACCCAACUGUUUGGCCAAAAUCAUGGGAGGUCCACACCAGCUUUACACUCCAAGAAAGAAUUCUGUGUCCACAAUUGUUAAAGCAGAUGGAUCUGGCUACUACACUACACACAAAUCUCUCAACUUCUAUAAAUCGUGCCCAUUAGCCCUAAAGGACCAGGGGAAAUGUGUAGCAGCCACAAAUAAGGAUUUUGGUGCAUCCAAAACAGUGGAUUUGCCUCUGCCAAGUGAAUGGGGAUUUGCACCAACUAGCUAUUAUUUUCCAUAUCUUCCCAUAAUAGGGAUUCCUUAA